AAUCCCUUGCUCUACUGUUUCUCUGAGAGAAGUACAAUACUACUUGAUCAGAAUAUUGAUCCCAAUAUUUGGGUUCAUGUCAAUUGUAUUGUUGCUCCACUUUAUAGUCCUUCAGAAGAACAGGCCAAGAAGAAUAUAUUCAUUGGUGCCUUCUUUUGGCAAGAAAUUCCCUAAAGUUUCUUACAGUGAUCUAGCUCGAGCUACUGAAAACUUCUCUCGAACAAAGUUGGUUGGUAGAGGAAGUUAUGGUUCAGUUUAUAAAGGAAAGAUCAUCCAAGCUAAAAUUCAAAUGGCUAUUAAGGUCUUUGACCUUGGGAUGAGAUGUGGAGAUAAAAGUUUCAUAUCAGAAUGCGAGGUUUUGAGAAGAGUUGGACAUAUAAAUCUCAUUUCCGUUCUAACAGCAUGUUCAACAAUAGAUAAUGUAGGUCAUCCUUUUAAAGCUCUAAUUUAUGAAUUUAUGCCAAACGGGAAUUUGGACACAUGGCUAAAUAUACGAUCUGCUGGUGAAGCUUCCAAGAGUUUGGGCUUAGGACAAAGAAUAAAGAUAGUUGCUAACAUAGCUGAUGCAUUAGCCUAUCUACACCAUGAUUGUGAGAAGUCCAUUGUUCAUUGUGAUCUGAAGCCCAGCAAUAUCCUCCUAGAUGAUGAUUUAAACGCAUACUUGGGCGACUUUGGUAUUGCAAACCUGGUCAUCAAUUCUAUGUCCUCAGCAAUUGGUCAUUUAAGGUCAGAGUCAAGUUCAUAUAGCUCGAUCGGAUUGAAGGGAACUGUAGGAUAUAUGGCGCCAGAGUAUGCUCAAACUGGCCUAGCAUCGACAUGCGGGGACGUUUACAGUUUUGGGAUACUGCUUCUGGAGAUACUGACGGCAAAAGGCCAACAGAUUCUAUAUUUGAGAACGAACUCAACAUUGUCAAUUCGGCCGAGAGGAACUUUCCAGAUCAGAUACUGCAUAUCAUUGAUGCUGAUCUUCAAGAAGAAUGUAAAUGACUUGUUUGUACAACAACAGAAACAGGAAACAGGGUAUAUCAGUGCUUGCUGUCCCUUGUGCAAGUAGCUCUGUCUUCCACGCAUCUGUGCCCACGAGAGAGAAUGGAUAUGAGAGAACUAGCCAUGAAGUUACACUCAGCGAGAACAUCAUAUGUUGGAGCCACCAAGCGAGCUCAUCUUAUGCCUCCCUAGUGAUUUCAAUGCGCCCUUGAACUUGUCACGAUUUAACUCGCGUGGUUCUCAAUGUGUCAUGGAAUUUGUAUUAGUAACUGAGUUGGAAUUAAGAUGAUAAAUUUGCAAUGA